CUUCAGUUCAUUCUUUCCAACCAGUCCAAACGAUGCCAAGUUUAGAAAGAAAUGGAAAACACAAGCUCAAGCCAAAGCAGAGGGUAAAUAUUCUGCCCCUUCAGUGCAGAACUUCAGCUUACACGACGUGGUAAGCAGACAGGCAAAAUGCACUCUGCUGCAUUAUAAGUAAACAACUGAGAAAGAAAACCAAGCACUACCUGCCUCCUGCAAGAACAACAGCAUGAAGACAAUCCCCUCAGUGAUGCAUUUUGACAUCACUGCAAGUGAUCAGACUGACUUCUUUUAAGGCUUACCAGUGAAGUCAGGGCAGCACACCACACACGCACCGUGCUUUACUCUCAGACAUGAAGCACGUUGGCUUGGCUUUGAACUACUCAAAGGUGGCUUUAACAGAAGCUAGCAUUCUCCCUGAACAUCAGAACAAAGCAAAACAAAAAAACAGCCCUGGAUGGAACCGAACAUUCAUUUCAGUAAACACUCCCUUCCGAGGAAAACCACUGUGAGACACUCAUCUCUAGCUGACAAAACAGUACAGAAUAAGAGGCAAACAGAAAGAACAGCAGGUGCUUCCUACAACAGAAGCUGCAGCACCAGGGGAAUGCAGCACAGCAGAGAGACCAGCUACCUCCCUCAAACCACAGCCAGUGCAAGUGUUCACACCCAGCAUGCACCCAGAAUUAAUUCUGCACUCUCUCUUUAGCUCUGGGGAACAGUGCCUCUCCAUUUGCUUAUGCCUUUAAGUUGAAGGUGCCUCAAGAGUUUUGUAGAUUGGUUACCAAAGAAUAAAAUGCUCCUGUCCACAAGAGCUGAAAAGCCAGGUAUUCUUUUUCAGGAGCUGCAUACUCUUUUUUUAAACAUUUCAACAAUAUCUGUGUCACUGGACUUCAGUGACCUUUCACUAAACUCGAAAACAGCAUGAGUGACUCAUCCUUCUGGAGCAUGCUCCAGAGUUGUUAUGUUAAGGAUAAAGCCUUAGCUUUCAACACUGUUUAGUCCUUCACAUGUUCUUUUGUAAAACACAUCUUUUUAAAAUAGUCUUUAACCCAAAAAUAUUAAGCUUAACUAUUGAUAUUUCUAUAGGAUGGACUGGGCAGGAUUUAUAGCUCGUUGCACCUGAGAGAUGUUUAAAAUGAUUACAAAAAAUAAGUAUCAGCCAAUCUGAAAAGGGAAGUCCAAAUGUUUAAAGAUAUCACCAAUCUACAUACUGGAAACUAAACCAAACCCCACCUUGUGGUUAGGUCAUCUGUCACUGACGUGUGCAAAUAUCUAUGCACUACCAUAAGCCCAUUGAACAGAGACAGAUUACAUGAUUCCAGAGCAGAGCAUACUCUUCACAGAAGUUACUUUCAGUACUAGGUGGGGAUCACCUGCUGACAUUACUCUUACAGUCAGUGAAAAAGGGUGAUCCCGCAAACAAACCUGAUUCUGGCUAUGUCUGGGCUGUAGGACUUUGUUGCUUCUGGAACCACCUGCAAUCCUGGCAAAUUCUUGACUGCAUGUCAGGAGGAGAUCAAAAUACUGUGCCCUUCCUCAACACGUAUCUCUUGUCACUUCAUUGGCAGAGGAAAAAAAAUGGAGGCAAACAGAGGUAACAAGCUCUCCAUGGCCUGCUUCAACGUCCUAAUGACAGCCUGAGAACUGCCACUGAUGACCACUCUGCAGAGAAUCUGGAAUAUCUCCUUCUCCAAAUGGCUCUUUUGAAGUUUGGCUCUUUUUUUUGAUUGAUUUCUUGACUGACUCCCUUAGCUAUUAGCUACUGAGGAUAUUCCCAUCCCACCUCAGGUGUCUGUUGGGACACAGUUGAUAGAUUUUAUUCCAUUUCAAUAAUGGCUGAACAUUCUUUACAAAGCCUAUUUCUGCAAACCUGUUAAACAGGAGAGCCAUUAUUUUUCAGACAUCAAGGCACUGCUGCAGCGUUAGUAAAUUACAGUCGGUGCAGAUUUAAACAAAGCAAAGUCCUCCAGAGAAUCAAACUUCUCACUUCAAACACACACAGUGAGCUCCUGUCACUUUCAGGCUGAAUACUACCCCAGCCAAUUUAAAUAAAACGGGGAUUUCCAUGAAAAUGACUGCAGUCUAAAGAGAAUAUUUUAGCACUGUGCUUGUUAGAAACUUUCCACAACCAAGACGUGUAUUUUUUGUCCUUACCCUUUUGUAAAAAUAUCAACCCAAAGCAGGCUUCUUCACAAUUGAAUCAAAGAAUGAUUUGGGUUGGAAGGGACCUUUAAGAUCAUGUCAUUCCAACCCCCUGCUAUAGGCAGGGACACCUCCCUCCAGACCAGGUUGCUCACAGCCCCAUCCAACCCGGCCUUUAUCACAAACAAUUCAGAAAGUAUUUUAAAAUGAUAUUUAGUACAAUUGCCUGGCUUGGCCACAGUGGAAAUAUUAUAUCAGGUAUGAGAACUAUGAGGUCACAAAUCCUGCAAGUUACCUUGUAUGCGUAUGAAAUAUUAAAAGGACACUUUUAAGUAUUGACCAAUAGCAAGCUCAAAACUAGCUAGAUUGCGUCACUGCUUCCUGCUGUGAAGAGCUAUUUUAUAGCAUAGCGAGGCUGAGCAGAAAGGAGGAAGUCUAAAGCUUCUACAGACGAGGGACUAUGAAACAAACAUGGCAGCAGACACUUUGUACUGCACAAAACGGUUUUAAUGGGCGUGCAACAACUAUUCCUAAAACCAAUUACGAUAUGAUGCCUGAGAAUCACUACCCUGAAGAAUACAGGAUUUCAUCACUGGUCUUCUACAGUUUUGUAUUCACAGUAGGACUGGUAGUGAAUGCCACGGCACUAUGGGUUUUCAGCUGCACUACCAAGAAGAGAACCACUAUAACCAUAUACAUGAUGAAUGUGGCUUUACUUGACAUAGCCUUUAUACUUUCCUUGCCUUUUCGGAUAAUCUACCAUGGGAAAGAAACAUGGCCUUUUGGAGAUAUAUUCUGUCGGAUUAUCAGUGCUUUCACUGUAUUUUAUCCAGCCAUUGCUCUGUGGUUGCUUGCUUUCAUAAGCGUAGACAGAUUUAUGGCUAUUGUCCAGCCCAAACAUAUCAAAGAACUGAAAAAUACAAAAAAAGCCCUGCUGGCUUGUACGGGGAUCUGGAUAAUGACCCUUGCAACAACUUCCCCGUUGCUCUUCCUACGUUCUGAUCCAGACAAAGCCUGCAAUAUCACCACCUGCAAGAAAAUGCUCGAUAUCAUCCAUUUAAGGGAAGUAAAUAUGUUGAACUUUUCUCGCUUGAUAUUUUUCUUUUUGAUUCCCUUGCUUAUUAUGAUGGGGUGCUACCUAGUCAUUAUUUACAAUUUUAUCCAUGGCAAGACUUCCAAGUUGAAGCCUAAGGCCAAAGAGAGAUCCAUAAGAAUCAUAGUUACUUUGAUUGCUCAAGUACUUGUGUGCUUUGUACCCUUCCACAUUUGCUUCGCCCUCAUGAUGUUAAAUGAAGGUACAAGUUACAAUCCGUGGGCAGCCUUCACCACCUUUCUCAUGAACCUCAGCACUUGCUUGGAUGUUAUACUGUACUAUAUUGUUUCUAAACAAUUUCAGGCUAGAGUCAUCAGUGUCAUUCUUUAUCGCAAUUACCUCCGAAGUGUGCGCAGGAAGAGUUUUCGAACUGCAAGUGUAAGAUCACUCAAUAAUAUCAACAGUGAAAUGAUAUAAAAAAAAAACAAACAAAAAGUGAAAACAUUAGAGGGAUUCUCUAAUGAAAACGAGAGAUUAUUCUUCCAAAUUCCAGAAUUUUGGCUCUGCUGGAAAAUGUUCUGUGCCCGGAAGUAACAGAUGUUUGUUGCACUGUAACUAUGCGAGACGUACAAUAAUGGCACUUCUGCAUGUUUGCUCAACAGCCUUUGUAAAUCUGAAAUGAACUAAAACUUACUAUCAGUGUUAAACUGCCCACCACUUUUGUCACCUUAACAAAUUGUAGCUAUCACCAGACAAGAAAUAACCAUUAGUGUAAUAAAGCAUUAACACUGAGAAACUGUGAUGCAAGGUAUCAUCUAUUGUUUGUAAUUACACAGCCUAACAAUCUUAAACUACUGUAUAUCCCACUCUUCUAAAAUCAGCUUCAUUUUCUCCUGACCAAUAUGUCAGUAUGACUUAGAAAGUACAAAUAUUUCACCAAAAUAUUUAUUUGACGCAGAUUUCCUUCUAACAGCUUAUGCAGACAUAGAUAAAAAGUCAUAAAAAAAUCAGUAGCUGAAGUGCUCAUUAGUUCACUGUGUGAUAUGUACACUUAUUACACUCUACACUUUUUAUACAGAUGAAAAUGCUAAAUUUGCUUAGAUACUCUAGCAGCUUAUGCGUGCCUAGCAGCUGUGUUCCAGCACAAAAACAUUGCAGUGUUAUUCAAGCUUUAGACUCCUUUUGAAUACUCACACUUCACGAGGAAUGUAUACUUGUAACAACAAAAGACAUGCUUUAUCUUUAUUAUUAGAUCAGCCUUUUGCUACUUUCAAGAGAUACACUAAAAAAGUAAAGCUCUGUAAUCUUAGCAUGGUGCUCAGCAUCUAAACUCUUGCCUCAUGAGCUUCUAUUACUACCUCAGAGCAUGUGACAUCUGGAAACUCAAGUCUAUAUGAGGCUGAUGUCUCUUAACCACAAAGGCUCUGCAAGCUCUAUGGUUCUACUACAACAGAUACACCUCCUAUUAUUAAUGGCAGAAAUGCCAAAUACAGAUGACACAAAACUCAACCACUAAAUAUCUUAAAGCUUUAAGAACUUUAAAUGCAAACAAAUUAAAUAAUAUGCUCAAGCUUUGAAACACACACGUAUGAAAUACCAGAAUGAAAUGCAUAUAACUGCAUUUAAAAGUGAACAUUAAGAUACGAAUUAGAGUUAAGCUAUCUUUGGCAUUUAAGAAAGAAAUCA